CGAGAAGCGGAGAUGACGAAGGUCUAGGUGGUUCUCCAAAAAGUGGUGGAGAACGAAGUGAUACCCAGUCUGCGAAAGCGGCAACUGCAUUAAAUACUGCCUCUGCGUCUACUGCAAAUGCAAACGCUGCCUCUCCAACAUCACCAUCAUCGAGACCCAGCGGACCAAAGUCUUCUCAAACCACAUCUCCUGCCGAACAAGCUGAUUUACAGGAGUGGAGUCGUAUUUUUGAACGAAGUGAAUCCAAUCCUCUGAAGAGAGAUGACCCAC